GCAUCUCCCUGAUGGCAGCCAUGGGUCUCAAGUUACUCAGGAGGCAUAAGAUUACUGAAAGAGAGAGAGCUUAAACAGAACACAAGGGUGUGCAGAAAUCUGAUUGUAAUGCAGGCUGAGACGAGGAGCGAGGAUAGAGAGGCGAUCAUCCCGGAUCAUACACACUCACUGAAGGACCGUCCGGGCACUCAGAUCUCCCCUGAUCAGGUGACAGUAUCUUGGGAUCCGGCUCUCUGCUGCAGAACCAGCCCGAAUCUUCCCUGAUCUCCUCACACCAGCGGUGCGCAGGUGGCUGGCUGGACCUGUGCUUUUGGCUGCCUGUCUGUCAUUUCAUCCUGGGUUAGGAGCCCGAGCUCAGCCCCAGGGAGGGGAGGGAGGCCAUGGAGGUUCCUCUGGUCAACUUUGAGAACCUGGACGACAUCGGGAUCAAUCUGGGAGACCCGAGUGACUCGGGAUAUCCGACCUCACCCACCUCAGAUGCCCCGGAAGGAAACCAGGGCACCUGUGGCAUGAACUCACCCACACACUCACCCCAGAGAGGAAGACAGCCGAGACACUCACUGACAUCCCCACCAACACUCAGCAAGAAGGGAACCUCCAGCUGCAACAGCCUGAUCUCCAACUGGAAGGUCCUGAUGAGCAGCGAAGGCAGUCCCAACGAGGCUCUGCUGGGAAAAGUAUCCAAGGAUUGUUGCGAGGACUAUUUCACCGAAAAGGAGAAAUUCCAGGAGGGUGAACAAAAAGUGGUCAUCAACGUCUCAGGGAUGAUGUACGAGACAACGCUCAAAACUUUGAAUCAGUUCCCAGAUACUCUACUGGGAGACCCCAUGAAACGGAUUGACUACUUUGACCCCAUGAGGAACGAGUAUUUUUUUGAUCGCAACCGCCCCAGCUUUGAUGGUAUCUUAUACUUCUAUCAGUCUGGAGGAAAGAUUCGGAGGCCAGCGAACGUGCCAUUGGAUGUGUUUGCGGAUGAGAUGGUGUUUUAUCAACUGGGGCAUGAGGUGAUGGAGCAAUUCAGGGAAGACGAAGGUUUCAUUAAAGACCCUGAGCCUCAGCUCCCGACCAGUGAGCUCCACCGGCAAUUUUGGCUGCUCUUUGAGUACCCCGAGAGCUCCAGCGCUGCCAGGUCCGUGGCCUUAGUGUCCGUUUUUGUCAUCACUAUAUCUAUUUGCAUCUUCUGCCUGGAGACGCUCCCAGAAUUCCGUGACGAACGCGAAUUUGUUCCUGCAUUCGUCAAUUUAACCCGGGAUGCCAAUGGCACGCUGCUGUCCCGUCCUCGUCCCCAUAAGAUCUCUGCCUUUACUGACCCCUUCUUUGUGGUGGAGACUGUCUGUAUUAUAUGGUUUUGUUUUGAGCUCGGAGUACGUUUCGUGGUGUGCCCGAGCAAAAGUGAGUUUUUCAGCAAUAUCAUGAAUGUUAUAGACAUUGUGUCCAUUAUGCCCUACUUCAUAACCGUCAUUACGGAACUGAUGGCCACUCAAGAGGAAGAGGAAGAGGACCCCACCGCCAACCAGAACAUGUCUCUGGCCACGCUACGUGUCAUCCGAUUAGUGCGUGUCUUCAGGAUCUUCAAGCUGUCUCGCCAUUCCAAGGGCCUCCAGAUUCUGGGCCAAACCCUGAAGGCCAGCAUGAGGGAGCUGGGUUUGCUUAUUUUCUUCCUCUUCAUUGGCGUCAUCCUCUUCUCCAGUGCCAUUUACUUUGCUGAGGUUGACGAACCUGAUACUCAGUUUGUGAGCAUCCCGGAAGGAUUCUGGUGGGCUGUGGUCACGAUGACAACAGUCGGCUAUGGUGACAUGUGCCCCAUCACGUUGGGGGGUAAGAUGGUUGGGAUCCUCUGUGCCAUCGCUGGCGUGCUGACCAUUGCGCUUCCUGUUCCCGUGAUCGUCUCUAACUUCAACUACUUCUACCAUCGGGAAACGGAGCAAGGCGAAAAAAACAUGAUUGAUGCCGCUGCUGAGGCUGCCGCAAAUCAGAAAAACAGCUCAGAGGAAAAGUAUGAAAGCAAUUACUCGCUGGACAAGAGCAAUGGGAACUGGCAGACGGGAAAAAAUGGCAUUCCAUGAGGAUUAAGGUAUAUUUCGCAUGACUAGCAAUAAUGACUGUACAACAAUGCACUUAGAAACUCUCCGUUUUAUGGUUUGACAACUGCUUAAUUUAGAGUUCUACAUAUAUACCCAAUGCUAUGCAUAUACCAACAGUACCUUUGCAGAAUGUGCUGUUUCAAUGGGAGACCUCAAACAGGAUGCUGUUUUAGCCAAAGGCUGCUAAAAAAACAUCUUAUAGAUGGAUGACUAUAAACCUUGGAGGCACUAUCUACUCAAAGGAAGCAAAAAAUAUUGCAAGGAACAUCCCUUUAAGGCUUUACGGUAACACAAACUGAACUGCACUGAACUGACAAAAAAGGAAUAUGAAUCACAGAACACUUAAGGAAAAAAGACUCAUGUCAUCAUUUGCGAGGCAAACGGCGUUUGACUGAGGUCAAAACAAGCAUUUAAUUAAUAGCGAUUAAGUGCCUGUGUUGCCGAGUCCCUCAAAUUAAUGCCGAGGAAUCAUGAAUCUGCACUCUGAGCAUCCACCCAGCACCACCUUUUGCUGAUGUUGUCGUUCCUUUAUAGAGUUUUGCACUGACAUCACCUUUUGUCCCUGCUGCUUGUGAGAAAAAAAGCUUAUGCCAAACUGUUAUCCAUCUUUCAAUGUCACCGAACGUCUCCUCUAACAGGCCUGGUAGUUGUCAUACAUAAUCAGGUCUGUUUGGAAUUUAAAUACAGUAUCCUACGCAUGCAAGUAUGUUAUAUUUGGAUGACCCACCGUGCUGUGGCAGCAUCAGCCUGCUGCUCGUCCCACAUUUUUUUCUGGUGUUUCUAUUCUGGUCAACACACACACAGAACGAGACACUAGAGCUCUAUCUUUAGGGUGAGUUUUUCUUCUUCCUUUUUUUUAAAGUCUUUGUAUGCUGAGUGAGUUUUUGUACACGCCUUUGCUUGGCAAAUUUUAGUCCAGUAUAACAGUUUCACUAUCUUGUCUCGUUUGACCGAAUGUAUACGACAACAUUGAUGACAGCCAGUAAGAUACAGAGCACUUACUCUUUAACUGAAGGCUUUAUUGGCCUACUAUCAGCCUUAGUCAUUAUGCACAUGGAUAUGUACGGCUGGAAAACGCACAAGACUUUUAGCAUGGAUUUAUAUGGGUUAGCCACUCAAAACAAUACCUGUCGGUCAAAGGAGCACACAUAAAAGAAGCUUUAAUUGGUAACAAGUGUUUUUCUGGAAUAGAUUUUCAUGUAUCACACUGAUUUAAGCUGACUUGAAUGCCAUUAAGGCAGAGUGCAUGAUCGCACAAUGCAUGUACUGUACAGUAAUUAAUGAUCUGCCGCUGCAAAAAAGAUGGAAAAGACUGCAGCACAUAUAUCAUCUAAUCCAGCCUAAAGACUGUAACAAAAGACAUGCAACAUCAGGGCUUUUCUCGCGGACUUAUGCAACGUAACACAUUCAUAUUAUAAAGAGAACAGGAAGAAUUGUUAUUUUACAAGCUUAUUAGUAACAUUCAUAACUACAUGAAAACAAUUACACAACGUUUUAUCAUGGUAUCCUUAAAAUGAGCACUAUCUUUGUCCAUAAUGGAUUUCCAUCAAUGAGAUACUAUUGUCUUUCAUAGGAGUACAAUUUCUGACUUUGGAGUAAGUGUAAGAUCUAUAACACUAAACAAUUUUUCACUAUGCCUGAGCUCAACUACUUUGAGGGAUAGUAACAAAUUGUUGCUAAUUUGCUUACCUUUAACGCAUGCACAAUGUUCAAUUCCAGUAGAUUUUUAACUAACACUGUGGCGCUUGGUUGUUCAUUAAGUGCCAGACAACAUAUAUAUAGGCAAAACAAAAUAACUAAUGAUCCAUUACCACAUAAACAAUACUAUAGUUUGUAGUAAAUACCACAGCUGUUUUAGAACCAUAAAAUGGUAAAGUAAUUGAAUGAAUCUAUUGUGCUGCUUCUAUAGUUACUAUGAUAACACAACAACUAUAGUAAUAUCAAAGACUCUAGAACAGUGGUUCUCAAACAGUUUUCAUCAAAACCACCUCAGAAAACAAGUUGUCUUUGCACUUACCACCAUAAUGAGCAGUAAUAAAGCAGCUAAAGCACUGUACAUUUCAAAAACAAGGCAUAUUAGUUCCUAUUAUGAAGAACAUUUAAAUUAAAAUGUGCGUUUAAAAAGUAAAAAACGGUUGGUUACUCUUCCUAAAAAAGUAAAAAAAGAA